UAACCAAAAUCGUAACUGGAUGAAGAAACACUACGCAUCCAAACGUACAUUGAAAUUGUAUCAACCGAAUAUAUAUCAACAAGAAUUGUGUAACUUUUGGGUCGCCUAAGAGAAGAAGAUUGACCUAUCGCCAUGGCCUGCCACUGUUGGUAUCUCAGACAAAUCGUCACCAGAUGCUGCCUGUGCUACAAGCUACGCUUUGGGGUUUUACUAAUCGGAUGCAUCUUUCUAACCUGGUUCCUCUAUCUGACCUUUGGCACCGGCUUCAUGAUGGAAUGCAUCUUCCCCAAUGAGUACCAGAAGGCCAAUAAUCCAGCACCGGCAGCCCUUAAAACCACCAUGGUGUUUUCCUUCUUCGGGAUCGUAGCAGCUGCCAUGCUCUGCAUUGGAGUACAUAAUAACAACGAAAUGUUAUUCCUGCCCUUUUUGGUCUUUGCGCCCAUUUGGAUAAUUGUUCAUAUUCUGGUAUUGAUUGUAUACUCCUUUAAAUUGGUAAUAAUCCUACUAACGGUCCUGACCAUAUUACUUUUAAUCUACGCCUGGAUAGUGGUAUGGUCGUACUACGUUGAACUGCUCUUUGCCUACGAAUGUGAACUCGAGCCUGGAUAUGCAUUUUCUUGAAUUUUACAAAAUUAACAUGUAAAUUCGGCAUAAGCAUUCAUGAGUUUAUUAAAAUGUUUUAAAAACUAG